AUGCCUGAGAAGGGAUCUUUUGCGGACUGCGGCGAGGCGGGCGCUUUGAGGCCAGGCUGGCAGGGGUGAGCUGCAUGCACCUAUCAGGGGUAUCCUCGGCCUCCGUUCGUCUGCAGUGCUCUUCCUCGCCACCUUCUCACCACCUCAGUGGACGUCCUGAGCAACCUCUCAGGGCUGGUCACCCUCUCGGAGCUCAGAAACCGCAAGCUCCGUAACUCUGCAGGCUUUUUCUGGAGGGCUGAGCUUGGUGAUCCUGGAGAAUGUUCUGUUCAGAGGAGGCAGACCAUUCAGGAAGCUUGGGAAUAUGCAGACAAAGCCGGGAGGCCUGCAGAGACUCCUCAGCCCCUACGCCUCUGGGUGCUGAUGCUCCAGGCUGGUCGGAAGGCCAAGCCAGAGAGCAGGCUGCGCCUGAGGCCCAGCAUCAUCCGGAACUUUCUAACCAUGUUCCUGGUGUUUGUGAUCUUCACCAUCUGCUGGGCCCCUCUGAACAGCAUCAGCUUUGCUGUGAGCAUCAACCCAAAAGAAAUAGCUCCUCAGGUGCCAGAGGUCUUUGUCAUGGGCUACUUUCUGGCUUACUUCAACAGCUGCCUGCGCAUCAUCUAUGGACUUUUGAACCAGAACUUCUGCGGGGAGUUGGCAAGCCAUCCACACUUUCCCCACUGA